GUCCAUAAAAUUUGCUUGCGGUUUAAGAUUUGUAUUCCUGCCUUUUGCACCAUAGCACGUAUCUAGUUAUUUUCAGGCCAGUGUGAACGCCUGAGCAGGCGUCUUGUUAUGGAAAGAAAACGAACCACAGCUUCAGAACAAUCGAGAAGUCGCGCAAAAGAGAUUGGAAGGCUUGCAACGACGAUUUGAGCGAGACCCAGAGUAUGAGAAAGAUUAUCGCAAAGCUGUCAGCAAGUAUGUAGAAGACGGAUAUACGCACAAAGUGGGUGAAGAAGACGACUUCAAUGGACCAAAUCAGUGGUAUCUCCCUCAUCACGGAGUAUAUAAGAAAUCAUCCGCCGAGAAGAAGAUCCGAGUAGUCUUUGAUGCCUCAGCUAAGUACAGAGGCAAAUGUUUGAACGAUGCUUUACUCCCAGGACCUGUUCUACAGAAUGAACUUCCACAAGUCCUCACAAAGUUCCGGGAAGGUGAUGUUGCAUUCGGAGCCGAUAUCGAGGCAAUGUUUAGCCGAGUUAGAUUGCAGGAGCAAGAUGCUAGAUAUCAUCGCUUUCUGUGGAAAGAGAAAAACAGUGAGGUCAUUGACACUUAUCAGAUGAACAGAUUAGCCUUCGGUGAUACCUCGUCACCAUGCGAAGCAAUUUAUGUCACUCGCCAAACUGCUAAAGAUCAUGGACAAGGACAAGAAGAAGCUGUGAGAGCUAUUAACGAGAACUUGUACGUGGACGACUAUCUUGACUCUGCAGAGACUAAGGAACAAGCAAUCAAGAGAGGACAGCAAGUAAAGGAGAUCUUAGCAAAGGGUGAUUUACAUUUAAGGAAGUGGACUUCCAACAUCCCGGAAGUAGUAUCUGAGCUCGGACAGGAAACGAAACCUGAAGUUGACAUUGUGACCAACCUUGUCGAACAUGAACCAGAAAAGAAAAUUCUCGGUGUAAAAUGGAACACUGAAACUGACGAACUUACAUUUGCAGUUGCACCGGUUGAAGAUGUAAGAUACACCCGAAGAGGCCUCCUGAGCAAGCUGGCCGGCGUGUUCGACCCCCUUGGGUUAGCUUCGCCAUUCAUUAUCAAAGCAAAGAUCCUAACACAACAAUUAUGCCUACUAGGUCUCGAUUGGAAUGACCCCAUUCCUAAUUCCCACCUGACGAAGUGGAAAGCUUGGUUAAGAAGGCUGCCAGAGUUAGAGCUAGUAUGUGUACCACGAUGUAUACAACCUAAGAAGAAAAACGUGAUCGAGUCAGAGAUCCAUACGUUCUGUGAUGCCUCGGAGGAAGCUUUCGCGGCCGUGGUCUAUUUGAGAAGCAUUUAUGACGAUGGCGACGUACGGUGCUCCUUCCUGAUGGCCAAGACGAAAGUAGCUCCGAAGAAAGCUUUAAGUGUAGCAAGGCUUGAACUGCAAGCUGCCCUUCUAGGUGCUCGCCUAGCGAAUUAUGUUAAAGAAGCUAUGACACGACACAUUGACCGCGUGUUCUUUUGGACGGACAGUAAAUGUGUUAUUGGUUGGAUACGAUCUACUGCAGUUUGGUAUAAGCCGUUCGUCGCUCACCGAGUUGGCGAAAUCCAAACGUUGACAGACCCAAAGUCCUGGCGCCACGUACCUGGCCGACUGAAUGUAAGUGACUGUGCCACCCGUUCGAGAUUUGAUGAGCGGUCGGAAUUAAUUCCCGUGCGUUGGUUCACUGGCCCUGAUUUCCUUUAUCAAGGUGAAGAUAAAUGGCCAAAGGAAAUGCCUGUCGAAGAGUUACAGCAACACGAAGAAAUCAAACCAAGCAAAAUAUUCGUUGCCAAAUUCAACCCAGAGCGCGUUCCCGUCUAUGCUGACGUCGAUUUGGAGCGAUGUUCGUCCUUGUCGAAAGCACAGCGAGUAGCAGCGUUAGUUCAUCGUUUCUUCAAUGUAUGUAAAGGAAAGAAACCAAAGAGUAGUGUCGUAACCGUACAAGAAUUACGAGUUGGACUGACUGCCCUAGUAUGCCAAUGUCAACGAGAGGCAUUCCCCGACGAGCUCCAAUCCUUGGAAAGAACGAAAAGUGUCAGCAAGCGAUCAAAACUGUUGUCAUUUACACCCUACCUCGACGAGAAUAACGUAAUACGUGUUGGAGGAAGACUUGACCGAGCUCAAUUCCUUACGAAGUGCGACACCCGAUCCUCCUACCUCAGAAACACCGUUUGACCCAGCUGAUUAUCGGGAGCUAUCAUCGGCUCGAAAAACACGGAGGAACCAGUGGCGAAGCCAGCGGUCAUGCAGGUCAUGCAGUGCAUGACUAAAAAUUUCCCCCAAAAUGUUUAAAAAUCAGUUCAGUAUAAUUGUUUACAAUAGAAUUAUACUUUAUCUUUGCACUUCUACGCCUAAGUAUUUUAUUUAUUAUUUUGUUUACCCAAAUCAAUGGUCUUUAGGCGAUAUUCUUGCUAAAUAUUCUCGUAUGUUAUUGAUUUUGGCUUUGUUACCUUGGCAACUGAGCGGUCCUGCAUAUUUUCAUAUGCAUGACCGGUUGCGUAAGCGCGUGGAAAAAGAUUGCGUGUGAUUAUGGCGCUUUUUCGGGUUCAAAAUGCAAUACUUUAAAUUUGUCGAUAUCUGUCUUUGGAAGAGUAGCUAUUUGACG